UAUCACCUGGAAACGGCGCGGCGGAGCCUGCCGACUGCUUUCAUGGCAGCCCCGAAGUCGGUGGCGGUGUCCUUGGUCGGGGGCGUGGUCCAGGAGACCAACUCCUCUCGCUUUCUGGUUUUCAACCCCAAAACAGCGGAGCUACUUGGUCAGCAUCAGGUGAAAAUAUCACAAGAGCUUCCAAAGGAAGAAUGGGUGGAACAGGACCCGAAGGAAAUUAUUCAGUCCGUCUAUGAGUCCAUAGAGAAGACGUGUGAGCAGCUUGGCCAGCUGAACAUUGACAUUUCCAACAUAAAGGCGAUCGGCAUCAGCAACCAGAGGGAGACCACGGUCGUCUGGGACAAGCUGACCGGGGAGCCGCUCUACAACGCCAUCGCGUGGCUUGACCUCAGGACCCAGUCGACCGUGGAGAAACUUAGUAAAAAAAUCCCAGGGAAUAAUAACUUCGUCAAGUCCAAGACGGGCCUUCCCCUGAGCACUUACUUCAGCGCCGUGAAGGUCCGCUGGCUGCUGGACAACGUGGAAACCGUCCAGAAGGCCGUCCAAGAAGGGAGGGCUCUCUUCGGGACCAUCGACUCCUGGCUCAUCUGGAACCUGACGGGCGGCGCCCAGGGAGGCGUGCACUGCACCGACGUGACCAACGCGAGCCGGACGAUGCUGUUCAACAUCCACUCCUUGGAGUGGGACAAAGAGCUCUGCGCCUUUUUUGAAAUUCCCAUGAGCCUCCUGCCAAAUGUCUGCAGUUCUUCUGAGAUCUACGGCCAGAUGAAAGCUGGGUCCCUGGAAGGGGUGCCCAUCUCCGGGUGUUUGGGGGACCAGUCCGCGGCGCUGGUGGGGCAGAUGUGCUUCCAGGAAGGGCAGGCCAAGAACACGUACGGCGCAGGGUGUUUCUUACUGUGCAACACCGGCCGCAAGUGCGUGUUUUCUGACCACGGCCUUGUGACCACGGUGGCCUACAAAUUAGGCAAAGACAAGCCGGCGUGUUACGCCCUGGAAGGUUCGGUGGCGAUCGCCGGUGAGGUGAUCCGCUGGCUGAAAGACAAUCUUGGGAUUAUAGAGACCUCGGAGGAAAUUGAAGACCUCGCUAGAGAAGCGGGUACUUCCUAUGGCUGCUACUUCAUCCCCGCCUUCUCGGGGCUGUACGCGCCUUACUGGGACCCCAGCGCCAGGGGCAUCAUCUGCGGGCUCACUCAGUUCACCAAUAAAAGCCAUAUCGCUUUUGCUGCCUUAGAAGCUGUUUGCUUCCAAACCCGAGAGAUUCUGGAUGCCAUGAACCGCGACUGCGGGAUCCCGCUCAGCCAUUUGCAGGUGGAUGGGAAAAUGACCAGAAACAAAAUUCUUAUGCAACUCCAGGCAGACAUUCUGAAGAUUCCAGUAAUCAAGCCCACUGUAGCUGACACAACCGCCCUGGGGGCCGCCAUGGCAGCGGGAGCUGCGGAAGGGGUGGGCAUUUGGAGUCUUAAACCCGACGACUUGUCAGCCGUCCUGAUGGAACGGAUUGAGCCACAGAUCAAUGCCAUGGAAAGCGAGAGUCGUUUUUCGACCUGGAAGAAAGCUACGAUGAAGUCCAUGGGUUGGAUUACAACUCAGGCAACUGAAAGGACUGUUUCCCCGGCCUUCUCCAGCCUGCCCUUGGGCUUUUUCAUAGUGAGUAGCCUGCUGAUGCUAAUUGGAGCAAGGUACAUCUCUGGGAUGCCAUAAUAAUACCACGCACGAGCCUUUCAGAUAAGGAAAGAAUUCGCAAUUCGAUCUCUUAGUUUGAUGACACCAUCACAGACUGUGCUUAUUUGUAAACCACUUGCUGCAUGACGUAUGAGAACCCUACAGUAGACCCGUGACUCAAAGUAAAUAAAGUACAGCAAAACUCA